AAGCGCUAGUGAAGGACAUGCAGAACCCAGAGACGGGGAUCAAAAUGCAGAACCAGAAGGUCCUCGUCACCAGCGUCCCUCACGCCAUGACAGGAAGUGAUGUUCUACAGUGGAUCGUCCAGCGACUUUGGAUCUCCAAUCUGGAGGCACAGAACUUGGGCAACUUUGUUGUCAAGUAUGGCUACAUUUACCCCUUGCAAGACCCCAAGAACCUCAUUCUCAAACCCGAUGGCAGCCUCUACCGAUUUCAGACGCCGUAUUUCUGGCCCACCCAGCAGUGGCCAGCUGAAGAUACAGACUAUGCCAUCUAUCUAGCCAAGCGAAAUAUUAAGAAGAAAGGGAUUUUAGAAGAAUAUGAAAAGGAAAAUUACGAUUUCUUGAACAAAAAAAUUAACUACAAAUGGGACUUUGUCAUUAUGCAGGCCAAGGAGCAGUACAGGGCUGGAAAGGAAAGGAAUAAAGCAGACAGGUAUGCAUUGGAUUGCCAGGAGAAGGCAUAUUGGCUCGUCCACCGAUGCCCUCCAGGAAUGAACAAUGUGCUGGACUACGGCCUGGACCGAGUGACCAAUCCGAAUGAAGUUCAGGUAAAUCAGAAACAAACAAUCACCGCUGUCAAAAAAGAGAUCAUGUAUUACCAGCAGGCCUUAAUGAGGUCCACGGUGAAGUCCUCAGUGUCCCUUGGAGGGAUCGUCAAAUACAGUGAGCAGUUUUCAUCCAAUGAUGCCAUCAUGUCAGGCUGCCUCCCUAGCAAUCCUUGGAUAACAGAUGACACCCAGUUCUGGGAUUUAAAUGCCAAAUUGGUGGAAAUCCCAACCAAGAUGCGGGUGGAGCGAUGGGCCUUCAACUUCAGUGAAUUGAUCCGAGACCCCAAGGGUCGACAGAGCUUCCAGUACUUUCUCAAGAAAGAAUUCAGUGGGGAGAAUCUGGGAUUCUGGGAAGCCUGUGAGGAUCUGAAGUAUGGAGAUCAGUCCAAGGUCAAGGAGAAAGCAGAGGAGAUUUACAAGCUAUUCCUGGCCCCAGGGGCGAGGCGGUGGAUCAACAUAGACGGCAAAACCAUGGACAUCACCGUCAAGGGGCUGAGGCAUCCCCACCGCUACGUGCUGGAUGCUGCGCAAACCCACAUCUACAUGCUCAUGAAGAAGGAUUCUUAUGCUCGCUAUUUAAAAUCUCCAAUCUAUAAGGAAAUGCUGGCCAAAGCUAUUGAACCUCAGGAAACCACCAAGAGAAGCUCCGGCCUCCCAUUUAUGCGGCGGCACCUGCGCUCCAGCCCGAGCCCUGUCAUCCUGAGGCAGCUGGAGGAAGAAGCCAAGGCUCGAGAAGCAGCCACUACGGUGGACAUCACCCAGCCGGGCCAGCACACUGCUCCCAGCCCCCACCUGGCCGUGUACACCGGGACCUGCGUGCCCCCCUCUCCUUCUAGCCCCUUCUCCCCCUCCUACCGCUCCCCCAGGAGGCCCUUCCCCUCGCCCGGCCGCUUCAUCCGGCGGCCCAGCAGCACCGUCUGCCCAUCGCCCAUUCAAGUGGCCUUGGAGAGCUCUUCGGGUGCGGAGCAGCAGGGGGAGGCCAGCGGAUCCAGGGCCCACGGUGGGCCCCCUGACGCCAAGAGAAGCGGGGCCGCCCCUGACCACUCCCAGCCUCGGCCCCCUUCCAGGGCCCCUCCCAAGGCCCGCAUGGCACUGUCCUUGAGCAGGUUUCUGAGACGAGGCUGUUUAGCUUCACCAGGCUUUGCCAGGCUCUCACCCAAGUGCCCCCCUGUGUCCCACGGGAAGGUGCAGCCCCUGGGGGACGUGGGCCAGCAGCUACCCCGGCUGAAAUCCAGGAGAGUAGCCAACUUUUUCCAGAUCAAAAUGGACGUGCCUACCGAGAGCGGGACCUGCCUGAUGGACACAGAGGACACCGGGACAGGAGAUUCAGGUGACCAGGCCAUAGAAAAGGAGGUCAUCUGCCCCUGGGAGAUCCUGGCCGAGGGGAAAGCUGGCUGAGCCCAGGCCUUGAACCAAGAAGAUGCUCCCAGUAGACUCCACCAGAUGGGGCCACGCGACACGCUUGCUCUCGAACCGAAGUGCAUUAAGAUCAUAUUUGGGGGCCGGAGAGACAAGAUGGGGUGGAUUAUGGGGAAGAGUACUCUGGCUGGGCUCCCAGUGGCCGACUCCUUCCCUUCCUCCUGACCUUUCCUCCCUUGGGCAGAAGACAGGCAUGUGGACCAGAGGACUUUCCUUGCUGCCUUAAAACC